AAUGAACCUUCCAUUUCGUGAAUCCAGCAGACAAGCUUCACCAUCUCCAGAUUCACCAUCAGUUGGACCACGGACAAUAAAUCUAAGUGUUGCAGAGAGACAGUGUAUUUGUGCCAGCUGGGAAAAAGCUUCAACUCAAUCGGAUAUUGGAUGUGAACUUGUAGCCAGACUUCUCAAUGACAACAGAACUCGCUUCCGUGCGCUUUUAGAAUGUAAAUCCGGAAGCUUCUUGGGUUCCGGGAAUUACACAACAGAGGACGUAAAUGGAAUGAAAAGAGCACGAAGUGUGGCAGAUGGGGUCAACUGUUUUUUCAAUAAGGUUAUAUCAAAGCUUAUGGAUGCAAACUACGUCGAGGAAAUCCAAGAUCUCUCACUACAACUGGGUGCAAUGCAUUUCCGCAUGAAAGUUUGGUUUCAAGCAGAAAACUGGCUUUGCGUUAAAAAUUGUCUUCUGGAUUCAGUGGUUUCCGCUCUUUUAAAAGACACAAAAGGGACGUAUGUCAUCUGUGGAGGAUUGAAGAAGGUUCAGACAGUCGAGAAGCACACAACUCAUGCGUGGUUCAAGUUUGUGCAGUUUAUAAUUCAGAACAUGAAGAAAGGAUUUCUAGCUGAAGCACUCAACUCCGACUCCCACAACGAGCCAAAAACUGAGUGUGCUUCACCGUGUUCCUCAGCCAGUAAUCAUAGUGUUUAACCUUAAAGUAUCAGGUUGAGCGGGUUUUUAUCAACUAACCAUCCAACACUUGAUCUCUUAUUCAACUACUUUAUUUUGUUCUUUCCUGCUUAUUACCUUUUUCGAUAGUGAUAUUUAUUCAUUCCAAUGUACAAUUUUUAGUUUAUCUUUUUUCAAUCGUGAUAAAUAACUAAA